AUGGGUGAAACGGAAACAUUUGUAUCUGACAGUAUAUUUGUUAUUAAAGGGCAGCCACUGUGUACAACAAUCUGGAGGCAUCCGGCAAAGCAUCAAAAAGAUUUUAUACCGAUCAAGAAUACAGCAAAGCUAAUUAAAUGCAAAGAAGAAUCCAACAGAUCAUCUAGCCGUCGUGUAACACAUCCUGAAAGGCACCGAAACCACGAAACCCGCUGCCGUUUUUGCGUAUCCUGUGCCCUCUACUCAGCCCCUGAAUUGUCCACUCCUAACGAGGGAUUUUGUGAUCAGAAAGCUAUCAAUUGUCCAUUGAAUCCAGCUUCUCAGGCAAAUGCCAUUUUUUCGCCAGCUUUUAAACUGCAUACGAUCUUACAACACCCAUUUUCACAUAAUCAUGAAAGCAGAACAGGCGGUUUCAUUUUUAAAGUAUCGGUUUAUGGCGACAAACGAAAAGGCUUCAUGCUAGUCUUGGGCGGAAACGUGGCAUGGGAGGAUGAGCAAGCGACGGACCUGGGUGAGCGCGUGAGGAAUUAUGAUGCUGCUGGAUGGGAGCCAACAGAUUUGGAGAACGGGAAAUCUCCGCCUUUACCUCAAGACGAAAAUAGCGCUGGACCUCUUGAUUUUACCCAAUCCUACUCAAGUCAGGAAGAGCUCCCUUCCAAACCCACGGAUCAGUUGUAUCCGGAUGCUCAGAACAGAACCGAGCAUGCAGACAUAGCAUUCAGCCCCUUCGAGGAUACUUGGAUUCCAUUAUCAGAUGGCCCAACAACUGUUACAGAUAAAAAUAUAUCCAUCAAGCGCCCCUUCGAUUUUCUGCGAAGGGCUGCGGCUCUCUUCGGGAAUUCCCCGUGGCUCUUGUUCGCACAACCUGACAACAGGAAUGAAUUCGGCGUGAUAACAUACCAGCAGGGCCACGAGCUCGCCGUUUCAAUUGGCGCAUCACUCGACAGUAUGGUCCCUAAUUCACAGCUCCCUCAGCGUGACGGGGUACACGAGUCGCUAAGACUUGUGGGAACGUGGGCCACUAAUUCCGUGGAGUUGCUCCUCUCUGACUUUGGCGCCGCGGCAUAUGGCCUAACGGUCGUGCCGAUGCAUCCCGAUAUGAAUGCGCGUCGAUUUUUGGAAGUCAUGGUGCAUACGCAAAUGACUCAUCUUUUUGCCGACUGGCAGCAUCUUGAUAUGGUGCUGGAUCUGCUUGAGAAGGGACAGCUCUCCAGCCUUUCGACGGUCAUUUCUCUUGACGCGGUGGGGAAGCAUGCUCUACAACGAGCUAAAGCACUUCAACUGACCGUUAUGGACUUCUGGGAUCUUGCUGACUCAUCCAAUGCAAGGGUAAUUCCCCGGGAAGCACUUGUUUGCUUGCGACAUUCGAUUUCGAACAGUUGA